AUGGGCGAACCCGAACAAGACAAGACCGUUGACUCGAGCCACGUUGAACACCCGGCAAGAAUCGUAUAUGGUAGCGAGACUGGUGCUGCCAGGGCAGGAACCCUUGCAGCAUUGGUGGAAUAUUUGACUUGUCCCGACAAGCUGGAUGCGUCGUUCAACCGUACUUUCUUCGCAACGUACACCUACUUCACGUCAGGUACGGAGCUUCUCCAGCUCCUCCUCGAGCGAUAUGACUGUGCACUGCCCAUCACUUCACAUUCAGCUCAGUCUGCAGUGUGGUCGGACCAGAUAAAGCCUGUGAUUCGAUCACGGGUAAUGAUCGUCUUGAACCAAUGGCUUGAAGACUUCUGGGUUUGGAAUGAGCCAAAGAACCCCGAAACGCAGAAGAACCUGCUGAAAUUACAGGCUUUCGCUCAAGACAGUGAUUCAAGUAUAUUGCAGCAGAAGCUUCUUGAAACCAUCCAAUGUCGACUGGCUGGUGUUGAGCCAAGGGGCACGAAGAGACCUCUUUCCCAGCCCUCAUCCAUCGCCACCACCAGCUCCAGCUCAUCCGCCCCGAAACCGAUCCUGCCGCGGAAAUUGAAACCUAGCAAGCCACAGUUCCUGAAACUCGACGCCAGAGAACUCGCGCGGCAGUUGACGCUUAUGGAAUCGUGCAUUUUCGGCAAAGUACAGCCCGGUGAACUAUUGCAUAAGAAUUGGCAGAGGAAAGAGAGCCUGACUUUAGCCCCUAAUGUCAGGGCAUUAAUUCAGUUCUUCAACCAGCUCUCUAGCUGGGUAGGGGCCCUGGUACUUGCCGAAUCAGACCUGAAGAAGCGGACGCAGAUCAUAGGACAUUUCAUCAACGUGGCGAAAACAUGUCACGAGAUUCAAAACUAUUCAGCCGUGGUCGCCAUAUUAUCAGGCCUGCAAAGUGCUCCUGUUUACCGGCUUGGCCGUACUUGGGCGAUGGUCACCCAGCGAGACUGCGACACCCUGGAGCCAUUGCAGGCUCUCAUGUCGAGUGAGCAGAACCACCGGAUAUACCGCGAUGCAUUGCGGCGUGCAAUACCACCGUGUAUCCCAUUCCUUGGACUAUUUCUAAAGGACCUAAUCUUUAUCGAGGACGGAAAUCCGGCCCUGACGCCAGAUGAGAGAUUGAUCAACUUUUCAAAAUAUUCAAUGCUAGCAACGACGAUCCAUACUGUCCAGCGUUUUCAGGAAGCAAUGUAUUGUUUGCAACCAGUCCCCGAGCUGCAGGAGUAUCUUGCGACGGAGUUACAACAACCGAGCGAUCUGCAGAAGAUGUGGGGAAGGAGCUGCGAGCUGGAACCCAGAGGCCGAUGGGAUAAGAAUAGAGAGCGAGAUACAUAUACUGCAACUGGGGGGAUGACGACUUCCAUGGUGGUGGCGUGUAUGGUUUUCGACGAUUGA